CCGGAAUUUAAAAGUUCUAUCUUAAAGGGGAAGUGCCCGGCGAGUGGGGCAUGGCCGGUACCGGCUCGGGGUCCGGCUCCGGCUCGGGGCGGUUCCUCUACGAGCUCCCGGCCUGGCUGGUCUGUGGCCUCUGCCGCCUGAUGGACGCGCUGGGCCGGGCGGACUGGGAGCGCUUCGCCUCGCGGAUCGCACGGGACCAGGUCGAGCUGCGUCUGUGCGAGCGGACGGACGGACGGACCCAGCGACUGCUCUGGGCCUGGAUGAACCGAAACGCCCGAGUCGGGGAGCUGCUAGCACUGCUGGACGAGCUGGAGCUGUACCGGGCUCGCGACCUCCUGGCCAGCUGGCAGCCUCCCUCCGAGCCCCCCGUCCUGAGACCCCCGUUUCUUCCCUCGGCACCUCCAGCCCCCCACCCCACCACCGGUGACAGCAGAGCUUCGACCAUUGCCUGUGACUCCCCCAAGCCACCCCCCCAGCCCCUGCCAGAGCCCUCCUGCCCCUCGCUGCCUCUGCCCGGCCCCCCGCCCAGCAGCCUGCUCAGCGCCAGCACCCAGGGUCCUGUCCCCCCGCCCGCGGCACCCCCUGCCGACCAGACUUUGGGCCCUGCCCCCCAGGUGCUGGGCCCCGCCCCCCAACCCUUCGCCUGGCCCUUGGCGGAGCUGGUGCAGGCCACGGGCGGCUUCGCGGAGCAGCACAAGGUCGGGGAAGGCGGGUUCGGCUGCGUGUACCGCGCCCGACUGCGCAACACGGACUACGCUAUCAAGCGGCUCAAGGAGGACACGGAGCUAGAUUGGAGUAGCAUCCGGAGCAGCUUCCUCACCGAGGUGGAAAAACUGUCACGGUUCCGGCACCCCAACAUUGUGGAGUUCGGGGGGUUCUGUGCCGAGCGGGACCAUUUCUGCCUCGUCUACGUUUUCAUGCCCAACGGGUCCCUGGAGGAUCGGCUGAGCGGCCAGGGCGGGUGCCCCCCCCUGUCGUGGGCCCAGCGGCUGGAGGUGCUGGUGGGGACGGCGCGAGCUGUCCAGUUCCUGCACCGGGACACGCCCAGUCUGAUCCACGGGGACGUCAAGAGCUCUAACAUCCUGCUGGACGGGGCGCUGCGCCCCCGGCUGAGCGACUUCGGGCUGGCACGGGCCGGGCGGGGCCGGGCGGGGAGUGGGGGGCUCAGCGCCAGCCUGGGCCGGACCCACACGGUGCGGGGCACUCUGGCCUACCUGCCCCCCGAGUACGUGCAGAGCGGGGCCCUGUCCCCCUCCAUCGACACCUACAGCUAUGGGGUGGUGCUGCUGGAAACACUGACGGGGAGACGGGCCCUGGAGACAGAUGGACGUGGACGGACAAAGUUCUUGAAGGAUCUGGUCGCGGAGGAGGAGGAGGCGGCUGAGGGCGGCGAGGGUCCUGGGCGAGCGCAGGUGGCGGUGACGGGCUCUGGCCUGGACCAGGACGCUCGGGCGACUCGGGUCGGCACCAGGAUCUUCCGGAACCACGUGGACUCCCGGGUCGGGCCCUGUCCGGAGGAGCUGGGCACAGCGCUGGGCUGCCUGGCGACCCGCUGCCUCCAGAAACGCAGCAAACGGCGCCCGCCCAUGGCCCAGGUGUACGAGGACCUAGAGCGGCUGCAGAAGUCUCUGCCCUGGGAUCCCCCCUCGACCCCCUGGGGGGACUCGCUCCCCAGGGCCCCAGGGCUGCCCCCCAACCAGCCCGUGGAGAGCGAUGAGAGCCUGUCGGAGGACGGGGGCAGCUGGUUGGGCGUCGCCCCGUCCCUACACCCCCCGAUUCACAUCAACCCGGCCCGGCAGCGCAUCAUGGAGCGGCUGGCACUGUACCAGCAGGGGGCGCUGGACAGCCUGGGGGUGCUGGCCUCCGAGCUCCCAGCAGGGUCGGCCCCCCGCCUGCCCGAGGAGAGCGACGAUUUCGAGCCCUGAGCUGGACGGACGGACAUGGAAGGACGAAGUUCUCAUCGGUGGGGGGGCGAGCCCCACCCCGAAAUGCACCUCCUGGCUGCUAGAACCCACCCUCGAGCCCGGGACCCAGGUGUCCAGGGAGGCGACUUUGAAUGGAGGGGGAGACAUGGUACCUGCUCUCCUCCCCCCAGCCCCCGCAAUGGACAUGGGACCCAGGCGUCUGGGAAGGGGCCUUUGAACUGAAAGGGGGGUAGCACCUUGGUGCCUGCUCCCCUGCACACGGAACCCCCUUGCUGCAUGGGACUCAGGCGUCCGGGACACACAGACCCCCCAGCUUCCAGCUGUGAAGGUUCGUGUUUGACGGAGCCCCACGGCUGGUUUCCUGGGGGUGGGGUCCCAGAACCGUCAAUGGGAAAAAUAAAAUAUUUUAUAUAUUUUUAA